AUGAACAACACCAAAAAGGUCUGGUGGCGGCAAUGGACAGAUAGCCAUGUCAAACCUUUGUCCGUCUUGAGGACCCCACAAGAGCCCUACACCCGGCCAGAGGAGCAAGUACUCAUCAAUCGCCGGGACAUCACUAGUAACACGGAUGCCUGGGACAUGAAGGAGUUCAUCACGCGCAUGUAUAUCAAACAGCUGCUCCGACACCCAGCCUUCCAGCUGGUGCUGGCCCUGCUGCUGGUGAUCAACGCCAUCACCAUCGCUAUCCGUACCAACUUCGCUCUUGGCCAGAAACAUUAUGAGUUGUUCUCUACCAUAGAUGACAUUGUGCUGACUGUCCUUAUCUGUGAGGUUAUCCUUGGCUGGCUCAAUGGCUUCUGGAUUUUCUGGAAGGACAUCUGGAACAUCCUCAACUUCCUUAUCAUCUUUGUCUUGCUCCUGGGUUUCUUCAUUGAAGAACUUAAUGUCAUCUCUAUCACCUAUACUCUCAGGGCACUUUGUCUGGUGCACGUGUGCAUGGUGGUGGAGCCCCUGGCCCGGAUCAUCCAUGUCAUCACGCAGUCAGUGCCUGGCAUGGUGAAUAUCAUGACUCUCAUCCUCUUCUUCAUGCUGGUGUUCUCUGUGUUUGGGGUCACACUCUUUGGUGCGUCGGUGCCCAAACAUUUCCGGAACAUACAAGUUGCCCUUUACACCCUCUUCAUCUGCAUCACCCAGGAUGGUUGGAUAGACAUCUACAGUGACUUCCAGAUGCAGGACAGAGAGUAUGCCGUGGAGAUCGGGGGCGCCAUCUACUUUGCUAUCUUCAUCACCAUCGGUGCCUUCAUUGGCAUCAACUUGUUGGUUGUCGUCGUGACUACCAACCUGGAACUAAUGAUGAAGGGUGGAGAUCAAGGGCAGCAGCAUGUAAUAGCCUUCAGUGAGGCAGGCGAUGAGGAGUACGAGUGCAGAGAGCUUGCACUGGUGCACUGUACAGCCGCCCGCUUGGAGAAGUCUGGCUUCCCCCAGGAGCCACUGGUGGGAGGUCCCCUGUGGAACCUCUCGGAGACCACAUGCGACAACUUCUGUUUGGUGCUUGAAGCGAUACAGGAGAACCUGGUGCAGUACAAGAAGAUACGAGAUGAGCUCAACACGAUCGUGGAAGAAGUUCGCUCUAUUCGCUUCAACCAGGAGCAGGAAGAAGAGAUGAUGCAUAGGGGCAUGACGCUGAACCUGCAGAUGGAGAGCAAGACCUCUCUAGACAUGCACGACCGCCAGCAGGACUUACUCACCGCGCUCAUGAACAUGGAAAAGGCUCAGGAAUCCACCACAAAUAUACUCCAUAGUAAAUACAAGAACAGCUCCUGA